UCAUAUCGCUCUCCCCCUCUCCCAAAAACAACAAGCAAAUCACCAAAUACCCUUUCCACUCUUUCCGCCAGCAUUAUCCCUCCCCUCCAAUCUCUACAAUCUCCCGCAUAACAGGUCACUACACAACAAUAACAUCCAAAAUGCAGCUCCAACUUUUCCUCUCCGCUUUUGCUUUCAUCGGCACCGUCGUCAGCGCCGUGGCUGUCCCACCCCACAGGGGUGAAGACGGUGCCCCGCUCGUCGUCCGCGCGGAUGGCAGCGGCAACUGUAACUCCGUCCCGCAGUGUUGCCAAAACACCCACUCCAGCCAAGACAAGUCCGUCAUCCAGGGACUGAAGAUCUUUGGUCUGGAUAAGGAAGCGCAGAAGUCGAAGGGCAGCGUUGGGACUAAGUGCGAGCCGAUGGAGGGCGUCUUGAACCUCGGACUGCUUAACGGUUGCAAGGGUACCGCCGUAUGCUGCAAUAAUAAUAAGUUUAACGGCCUUGUCUCCCUUGGAUGCAUCCCCAUUACGCUCAAUCUCUAGACGAGAAUGCGGUCCUGCGGUCGAAAACAGGAAGCGUCUGUGUCAGGAGUUAGGACUCCCAUCCAUCCAUCCAGUCCAUCGGCUGGACAUUUUCUUCUCCUUCUCCCAACGCCUACUGCUCCCUGUUUUCCCACAUCGGAUUUGAUUUGACGGGAAUUGACUUGACCUGAUUAUUUGAUUGUUUCAUUUUUUUUUUUUUAAAUUAAAUUUCACGAAGAUGGGAAAAGGGAUAAAACGUGCGUUUGUAUGUGUGAGUGUGUGACAAAGAGAGAUCGGUCUAUUUUUAUUUUCCCGCCUGAAGCACUUCUUAUUUGUUUCCCCCCCCCCUUUUUUUUUCUUUAUUCAUCUUAACAUUCUUAAUUUGAACCCUUUUUAUUUCAGGUUUGUGUGUUUGGAUGGGCAAUGUCAACUUACCUCCCACACGCACUCCCUGUACCCCUUAAUAUUCGAUUUGCAUCGAGUAGAAAGGGCUAUGGCAUGGGAACUGGAAUAUUUGGGGUUUGCAACAAUUACUUAGCUUUAGCUUUGCUAUAUUAUAUUAGUUUAUUAUUAAUUGUUUUUAAUUCCGC